CGUUUCGCUCUUUCCCCGCUCCAAACAACUCGCCAUUCAAAACUCCAAAGUGAAGCGGCGGCGGCUCGUCCGCACGGCGGCACGGGAUGCCUACGCUCUACUCCGCCGUGAAGAGGGGAAUCAAAUUGAGGCAGCCUCGCCCUUCUCUUGCCUCCCCAGCGACGACUCCUUGCCGCGGCUGUCGCAGCAGCUGCGGCCCUCCCGACGCCGCCGUCUCGCACGACUCGCUCCUCCUCCGGCUGCAGUCGGGCCCCGUGCUCGCGGAGGUGCGGAGACUGCACGCCGCCCUACUGGUGCGUGGUUACCGUCGCAGCACCGUCCUCGCCGGGCAGCUGGUGCGCGCGUACGCCAGGCUGGGGGAUGCAGGGCUCGGCCACGCCCUUGGUGUGUUCGACGGAAUGCCUACGAGGAACUCCUUCACCUGGAACGCCGUUAUUAAGGGCCUCGUCGACGUAGGCAGGUUCUCGGAAGCGCUGGAGCGCUACUGGGACGUGGCCAGUGAUGUUUCGGUCACUGCUGAUCGUUUCACGUACCCCCCUGUUCUAAAAGCCUGUGCGGCGCUUGGAGCUGUUGAGCAGGGGAGAAGGGUUCGAGAGAACAUUGAGACAGAUAUUGCCCGUGGCAGCGUGGUGCCCAAUUUGUUUGUGCAGUGCGCGCUCGUGGACAUGUUUGCCAAGUGUAGGUGCUUGGAUGAAGCAAGGAGCGUGUUUGAGAGCAUGGGAGUAAGGGACUUGGCUGCAUGGACUGCGAUGAUUGGAGGGACCGUGCAUGGAGGGGACUGGUUCGAGGUGAUGGAUUUGUUCAAUCGCAUGAGGUCAGAAGGGUUUCUGCCUGAUUCUGUGAUUUUCGCCACUGUUAUUCCAGCAUGUGGUAGGGUGAAAGAGCUGAGGACUGGAAUGGCAUUGCAGGGAUGCGCAGUAAGAUGUGGAGUCGGCGAUGACAUCUGUGUUCAUAAUGCUUUAGUUGAUAUGUACUGCAAAUGUGCUUGUCUGGAUGUGGCAGCUUCUCUGUUUUGGUCUAUCGAUUACAAGGAUGUAGUCUCUUGGAGCACCAUAAUCGCAGGUCAUUUACAAAAUAGAAUGUAUGCCUCAGGUAUCAAUUUGUUUACUAAACUGGUUUCUUCAGGAGUAAAGCCUAACUCAGCUACUCUGGCAACCAUACUUCCUAGUCUUUCGGAACUUAAGUUAUUCAGGUAUGGAAAAGCAAUUCAUUGCUUCUCCGUAAGAAAUGGAUUUGACCACAGUGAGUUUCUGGUGAGUGCAUUCAUUGACUUCUACAGUAAACAAGGACUCAUUAGGGAAGCAGAAAUUAUAUUUCAGUUCACACCAAAGAAAGAUUUAGUCAUUUGGAAUUCAAUGGUUGGAGGAUAUGCUGUGAAUGAGGAUUCUGAGUCAGCAUUGCAUGCAUUAAGGGCACUGCAGAAAGUGGGACUAAGACCUGAUCGUGUGACUGUUGUUUCAGUUCUUCCGCUAUGCAAUCAACACUCCAGGAUACUUCAGGGUAAGGAACUACAUGCUUAUGCCAUCAGGCAUAACAUAAGUUCAGUUUGCUCAGUUAGUAAUGCACUUAUAGAUAUGUACUGCAAGUGUGGUUGCCUAGAAAUAGCCAGCAAUAUUUUUCUACUGAUGACAGAGCGCAAUGCUGUUACAUAUAACACUCUGAUUUCUUCUCUUGGAAAGCAUGGUCAUGAUGAUCAAGCAUUCAUUCUUUUUGACCUAAUGAAGCGAGAUGGAGUUUUUCCAGAUAAAGUGACUUUUGUAGCUCUGUUGUCAUGUUGUAGCCAUGCAGGCCUUAUUGAUAAGGGCUUGCGCUUCUACAAUUCCAUGUUACGGGACUAUAAUCUCACUCCAGAUAAGGAGCACUUUUCGUGCAUUGUUGACCUGUAUAGCAGAUCUGGGAAGCUUGAUGAUGCUUGGAGUUUUAUUGCAAAUUUAGAAGAAGUGCCAGAAAUCGAUGUUCUUGGGUGUCUAUUGUCAGCGUGCAGAGAGCAUAAUAGAAUGGACAUUGCUGAGCUUGUUGCAGAAAGAAUAUUUGAACAAAAUCCCAAUGAUCCUGGCUAUCAUAUUCUGCUGUCUAACAUCUAUGCGAAUGCUGGAAUGUGGUCUGAUGUGACUAGGAUAAGAAAUAUGAUAGAACCGGGGAGCUUGAAGAAGAGAACAGGAAAUAGCUUGAUUUGACCAUCAGCUUGCGGUUCCUCAUACAUAUUUGUAUCUAUUUUACAAGAAAAGAGCAUAGAACAAAUAAGUGGAAAGGAGAUAAAAAAAAUCUAUGACUGCCAUUUUCAAUGAUAAUAUACAGAUCUUGCAAAAGUACGCAUGGUUACUUAAUACCAUAUCCUGGAUACCUUAGGCAAUGUCAAGUGUAAAACUGUUGAUAAAGAUCACAAAGAGCAACAGCUACUAGAGCAAAACAUUGUUCAGAGGUCUUCUCUGGUGAAAUUUUCGUAUUUGUGGGCAUAGCUCUGAAGAAACAGAAGCAACCCACACUUCCAGUUAUGUUCUGUUUGAAGUUUUUCAGUGAUUGUGAAAUAUACUUUUUUGCCAUGAUUCUUGGGGCUUAUUUGCCGCGGUAGAUAGUUAGACUGCACAAAUCGGUGCAGUUUUUCUCCAUACUGGGUUUCAGCAUGACCAAGCUUUUGCUUAUUCAUGAAUCAGUUCACCUGUUGCUCUCAUAUACAACAAUUGUGUCUCCAUCAUUGGAUGCCAAAAGCAGAAAGAGCGCCAAAAGUAGAAUCAGUAAAGCACCUGGAUUUCACUGAUGAUGCAUCAUAUACAAUGCACAAGGGCAGUUAAUUAAUGAAGGUUCUGGGCCAACACAAAGGAGUGGGCUCACUGCAUGUCUUCAUCAGAUAGUGGAUACCCUGCUUGUCCUACCGAGCGUUGCUGCUAUCUGAAGUUUGUGCAGAGGAUUGAGCUCAACAACUUGGCCUACAUUAUUAUAGCCUUUGUCCAAUUCUGCCUCCCAGAAUCUAUGGGUCCGGAGCUCUGAAAAGUGAAAAUGCCAUCACUUGAUGGUUUGUGCUACUAUUGUGUCAUAUGGAGUAGAUCAACUUGCAAGCUUCAAGAAGGUAAAGCUCAAAGCGAACGGCCGAACGGACAUCUUUAUCCGAUCCAGGCCACCUCUGUUCAUCGACUCUAUUAAAGCUCCAAUGGUCGGUGUGAUGUGCCUUGGACCACCUGCCAUCCUGCACCGGUCUUUGGGUACUGGAGCUUAAACGGCACUGCUCUCCAUGUGGGCAGAUAAGGACGCCCCUGAGAACCGGGUACCGACCCACGCCCUCUCUUCAUGCUGCUCCCACCGGCCACCGACAACCCUCUGAAUUCACGGCCAAGGCUCGCUUCACUAUCAGCCUACAUCACCCGGAAGGAAGCGUGUAUAGCAGCUGCAGCAUACAAGACAAGAGACGAGCUUGGGUGCUUGCUUGGUCUGAUGAUUCGUUGGCAGGGCCUGCCGUUGCAGCACAGUGGUGUUUAAUAGCGGCCUAUUGGGUUGUGGUCCAGUCCAUUCAUCAUCAUUCAUGGGCAAUGGGCAAUGGCGUGGGCGGUGGGUGCCGACAUGGACAUGUCCACGGUCCACGGGCCAUUCUGUUAUUUUUAUUAUCUAGCAAGAUUUAUGCAUUAUUUGUGGUUUUCAAGAAGAUUAUGCAUUAUGUCACACUGGCGAUUUCAAAUUAUGCUGACCGGAUCCUUAACUCUCUCACACGCUGCUCACUGGGCGAGCUGAUUGGUUCUGGGACAGCUUGGCUUUCUUAUGGUCGCCUGCUAUCGCAAACUCUGGGAUGAUUUUCAGGCCAAGCCAAGUCGCACUGGAGUACAUCUGCAAAUAUAGAACAUUGGAGUCUACUCUAAAGGCACAAACCGUCCAGAGUCAAGAUCCACAAGAACAUGCUGAAAGUCUCCGAGCAAACUCUGGGAUGGAAUAUUGAAAAGCCCGGCUGUUUCGAUUCGGCCUGAACAUGACUGGUAGCAACGAAAGCAGGUUCCUCACUUGUCAUGAAAAUCAUGAUUCGCUUUCCGCUAGCAGGGAGGACUGGAGCGGACAGAUGUACAGGAGAGAGAUUAUCAAAGGCCGUGAAUGAUGGAUCGACGCGGGCCGUCGUGGAGACCGUGGGAACGAAAGGGUCGAUCCACGGCCACCGUCCCUACCUACAUGAUCCCACUAGCUAAACGCUACUAAACAAUGUCGUGUCAAACCAAAAGGUUGUUCCCUGAUGAAAGCAAAUCAGAAAGAUCUGCGGCUGACGGGUAGGAUUAGCACGAUGGAGUAAUAAAAUAACCAGGUUUAAUUUUC